GCGAGGCGUCAUGCGUCUUCUUCGGACCAUCACCAUCACCAUUGCCCUUCUCUGUGCCUUGAUGGGCAUGGCAGCCAGCGGUAACCCAUCAGAAAGGCAGGCCAUCGAGAUCUCUCGGGACGCUGUGUGCUUGAUGUGUUGCGCUGGUCUGUGCAGGAGAGUCACGUGGCGAGCCAGUCGCUGCUGCUGUCGCUGGCGAAGGACGGAGUGAGACCAGUCAGCACGGUGUGCACUCACGCAGAUGUGUCACACCCUGUCUCUUCACGCAUCUUCUUGUCAGGUGCUUCCCUCCGAGGAGGCAAUGUGGCAGAGUCUGGCAGAGCAUCAGGUCGGUCAACACAUCAACAGACGAGCAUGACAGACACAUCAAAGCGUGUCUGCGUCCCCACAGGCAUCAGGGACCUCCAAUACUAUGAUUAUGAUUAUAACGAUGAUAGUGACGAUGAGGAUGACGAUCGGGACCAAUGGAGUGCGGGUGAUGGUUAUUAUGAAGGACCGGCGGGUCAGCUCGACACAGCAGGCGGCGGCUUCAACCAGCCAGAUGAUGAUCAUCAUCCUGACGAUGACGAUGACGAUGAAGGGGAUGACCCGUAGUCUCUUCUUUCUUUCUUUUUUUCCCCUCUCUCCUUCUGCUUUUGUCUCCUUCUGGCUUGACACAGCUCUGUCAGCUCUGCCAAUCACACGGGUUUGGGGUCCAACUUCUGGUGGCCGGCCGUGGUGUAGGUAAAAGUGCAUUUCUGGCAGAGUCCUGGUUGGGUUGACCACAGGUGGAGGGAGGGAGAGAGGGAAAGAGGGCCGUACACAUUUUCAUGUUCCCUGAGCUGAGAAGUGAGCGUGUGUCUGGUUGACCGCAUGCGUUCGACUGUUUGUUUGUCGAUUGCGAAUGGCGAGUCAUGAGCGAGGAAUAACGCUCGUGACACGGCGGGCAAGUUGCCUGCUGUCGAUUUUCAGACGAUCUUCGCAUCAUCCUGUCCAUCCCAUGAGAUGCGAAAGUCGACAGCAGACAGAUAAGAGCCAGAUGGCAUGGCACGAGUGAACGGAUGCGUCUGUGUGUGUGUGUGUGUGUGUGUGUUGUGGAGGUUUGUUUGUCUGUAUGUCUCGGUUCGGCGUCGACUGAAGUGGUGUGAGUGAGCCGACAGGGUGACCGCAUGCAUAGUGCAUGCGGUGGUGUACCUCCAGUCAAAAGUCUCUGAAAGCGUCUCUGUCAGACAGCGAGAUGAGCCUGUCGGGUGUGUGUCUACCGUGGCUUUCGGGCUGUGUGUGUCUGUCGGGUCGUACGUCGUUCGUGCUGUGGAUGAGUGUGGGGGUAUUCCUCCUCUUUCUGUCGGUCGGGUGUGUUAUAUGUGGUGAGUGUGUGUGUGUGUGGGCUGUGCGCACCCCACAGAGAGAGUGGGCGUGUUGGCUGUGCACGUGUGAGUGGGAGACAGGUCAAAAUGUCCACAUCACGUGUGUGUCGUGUCGGACGGACCUUGAUAUCGAUGUGUGGAUGCUCAACUGAGCAACUGCAGCUCAAUGACAUGCGUAUGCA